AUGUCCUCAGAGCGCAUCCGUGUCGCUAUCCUCGACGACUACCAGAAUGUCGCAUUCAAAUUUGGAGAUUGGUCUGGCAUCAAAGACCGCCUCCUCAUAGACACUUACCCUGACACUACCAACGACGAAGACAUCCUCGCGAAACGACUUGAGCCUUACACGAUCAUCUGCACGAUGAGGGAGCGGACGAAGAUCAGAGCGUCCCUGCUCGACCGUCUGCCCAACCUGCGGCUCAUAACUACUACGGGGCCGUAUAACGCCGGCAUCGACGUCGCGUACGCGAAAACCAAGGGGGUCAUAACCUGCGGAACGGGUGGCAAGGGCAAUUCGACUCUGGAGCAUAUCUGGGCGCUCAUCCUGGCGACGGCGCGGCACAUUGUCAUCGAGGAUGCGCGCGUGAAGGCCAGCGCGGUGCCUUGGCAAGUGACAAUUCCCAUGGGUUUGGCCGGGAGGACAUUGGGUUUGGUGGGCGUGGGGAGGUUGGGUUCCGCGACUGGCAAGAUCGCAAAAGCCUUCGGCAUGGAGGUGAUAGGGUGGUCACCCAACCUCACUCCCGAUCGAGCAGAAAAGGAGGGCGUGACGUACGUUGCGACGAAAGAGGAGCUCUUGAAGCGCAGCGACAUCGUCUCAAUUCACAUGGUGUUGUCGGAGCGUACUCAGCGCAUGAUCACUGCCGCCGACCUCGCACUCUUGAAGCCUACGGCGUUCUUUAUCAACACGUCUCGCGGGCCUCUUGUAGACGAGUCGGCAUUGAUUGAGGUCCUGCAGCAGAAGAAGAUCGCGGGGGCGGGACUGGACGUCUUCGACGAGGAGCCAUUGCCGCUCGACCAUCCCAUCAGGAAGCUGACGAAUGUCACGCUGAGCCCGCACACAGGUUAUGUGAGCGAUUCAAACUACGAGGCGUUUUGGGGACACACAGUCGAGAACAUCGCUGCCUUCCUGGACGGGCGCCCGACGCGCGUCAUUGGGUAGAGGGUUGAUGGGAUGUCUGAAAGGCGAUCCCAGCUAGUGUACCUCUGCGCGAGUUGCUUCGUUGGCGUAGUGUAAGACUAGACUACGGUUGUCUACACCGUAGGAUCGUAGCAACCACGAAUGAC